AUGAAGCGUAGAAAUCCAUCAGCAGGACACCACCCUCAUUCUUCGGCGUCCUGUGUCGUAGGGGAAAAAAAGUCGCCCAGCUCCUGGCCGAUUUACAGUUUGGUGAGCACCGUGGCCGUUGCCUGCUACCUGAAUGGGAUCGGCGGCGAUUUUGUGCACGACGACAUUCCUGCAGUGACUUUUAAUAAGGACGUGUUGGCCAUCAAUCCUGUCGAACAUGCCUUCAGAAACGAUUUCUGGGGCACGCCGAUGGCCGACGUGGCCAGCCACAAGUCCUACCGACCACUCACCGUGCUGACGUUCAGGUAA